GUCUAUGCCGCCGUUGUUUGCUUUUUCAGACAAAGUUCAGAGCAGCUACCAGACUGGCUCGUCCGACACAAAAGCUACAGAGACCGGCUCAAGGCAAAGCUCUCGCUACAACUUCUUGGACAAGCCAAAAAUGACUGAGCAUCUGCUGGAGCAGCAGCAGAUGAUGAAAGGCGGUUCGGUCAUCGGCUUGCGUCCGGGUGCGACACCUCCCCCACCAGGACUCUUUGGUAACGGUCAGCGUGAGGGACAAGAGAUUCUGUCAAUGGUCUCUGGUGGCCGUUCGAAAGUAAAGAGCCCCCACUUCUAGGUAACCCGUAUAUGGCUCCAUCAUCAAGUUUACAAGUUCAAUCACAAGUUUCCAGUAUAGAACCACCAAGCGCUUUCUCGAUCAAUGCUCAAGCUGCCCUCGGAACCAGUUCUAUCGAUAAACUGCUGCAACCAUUCAACCACGCCGACCCUUCGAUGGAUUUCUCACAAUGGGGACGGCCAGCGACAGGCACGGCCGCCGAUUGGUUUUCUAGUGCUCCUCCGUCUUUUCCGACUAAUAAUUUCCCCGUGCUGCCCAAUGCUGCAUUCGAUAUGCCUCUAGCAAGCGCGACUGGGACUCCGCCGCCGCCUCCUGGACUGUCGGUAAACGCGCAGCCGUCUACCCCUCAACCAGAGGAGAAGAUCACAAAGGCUGAGGAUGCUGCUGCUUCUGUCGCCAGCAGAUCUGUGGUGGAGGAUUUACCCUCAGCGGUAGAAGCAGAAGCGCCAGCGCCAUCAGUCAAUCAGGAUAGUUAUGCCGAUGAAUCGGAAUGGAAAGUGACGCCAUUGUCGCAGAGCUCGUUUACGCCGGUGUCGAGAGGAUCACCGGAUCCUACAGCCGUGCAGGAAAACAUGACGAAGCUUCUGAACGAAAGACUCACUUCCCAUGCUAAGAUCUCGAGAAGUGCGACACCCACGACCGAUGCAGCUGAAUCGGUCGAGUCUGAGAGAAUCGCGGCUGCGAGCAGUAGUACUACGACUGGUACUCCGGCUCUGAGCCGGAUGUCGAGUCCCGCUCCUUCGCUCUCGGCCACGGCACCGUCUGACUCGCACCCUCCUUCUCCUUCGCCUUCUUCGUCGCCAGCGCCGGUGGAUAUCCGCAGCAGCAAGAAAGAGCGAAAGAAAGCCAAGAAAGCGGCGAGAAAGGGACUGCUUACCCCGACGACAGUUGCAGAAAGUAAAGAGGAGGAAGCAGUCACACCCAGCUCUGACCCUGGUCCUGCUGAGACUCCUGCUGAACCCGAGACGCAUAUCGACCCCCUCGAGCUUCUGAAGACGGUGAUCAAAGAAUUAAGCAGUUCCGAUCUCUCGUUUUUCAAGCAGCCGAUUUCCGGAUCCGUGACGGCGCCGCGGAUGACAUUCACGAAACCAGAGCUGGAAGAGGCUUACAGCAAGUUUCCCGAGUAUCUGGGAACAGACGUGCUCCAAGGUAGGUCUCUGGAGGACGUUGAGAGCGAGUGGCAUGCGACGAGAAAGGAGACUGAGGUGCUCGAGAAGAAGCUUGUAAAGUUGAUUAAGCGAAACCGCAGGCUUGCCGCUGCCGAUGCGUUGAAGAUAUAGUUGAGCGUGGUUGUGUUUCUUGCAUACUUUUGGAUGGCGUUUCAGUUUUAUAAUGAAUUAUUGAAAAAUAUGAAUAUGAUUAGAUGACCGUAAUCGUAUAUAAAGAUAUGCACCCGACGCCAAA